AUGCACGCGUUUGUCUUUCAAGGCUCCAAAAAGAUCGCUAAAGAGGUUCGUUGUAGCGAUGGGGCUUGGAAGGUUAGCUUUGGUCGGUGGUUGAUUAGAGAUCACAAUGGGAAUUGGGUGCAGGGGUUCAUGAUAAAAAUGGGGAAAGCUGAUAGCUACGCUGCGGAGCUGUGGGGCCUAAGGGAGGGUCUACGUACGGCUCAUAACGAACAUAGGUUAUGGGAGUUGAGGGUGGAAGUGGAACUUGAUGCGGAGGUUGUAAUCCGGAUUAUGAAGGAUAAUGAGAAUAGGGGGGAGUUGAGAUCCAACUUGACUGUGGAUUGUUGUAUGUCUAUGUCCAGGGGUUUUCAAGACAUCGUGUUCCGGCAUGUGUUUAGAGAAGGGAACUGUUGCGCCGAUUGGCGGGCUAAUAUGGGACAAUUAGGGGAUUGGGGCUUGACUAUCUUUGAGGAUACUCCGAUGGGGCUUGAGGAUUUGAUCAAAGCUGAUGCGGGUGGUUGCUAUUCUCGCAGGAUCAGAUGA